UAGAACCCGUGAUCGCCAACAGUCACAAUGUCACAAGAGCCUGCGGAAUGCAGCCUGGUGCGGCGAGACACAUCGUCGUUAGAGCCACCCUUAUCCCCGCUCGAAUGCCUGCGCAAGGUGGCGAGAAGGUUCGGGCUUCUUGACGCUCCUCCACCGCCAGUUCCACAAAAGGAAUCCGAACCCCAACAACCUGGCAAUGUGCAGCGAGGGGAGCCGCCACCAACUGCAACGUGGUGGACUUUGCUUCCUCUGGAGCCGUCAAAGUAUGAGCGUGUAGUGGUGUUCGAUACAGAGACGUCUGGUUUCAGCGGUGAGGAUGAGAUUCUUGAAAUCGGAGCCGUGGAGCUGGAGGUUUGCAGCCCGAGCCCUGGGGCUAGCUAUGCGAUUCUUCGACCGACGGGCGUGUCAUUUCACAGCCUGUUACAGACGUCACGGGAGAUCCACGCAAAAGCGGCGCAGGUGAAUGGACUUUGCCAAAAGGAUUUGGAGGCGGCAAUGCCUCGGCCGUUGGCGAUUCGCAGCUUCCUUCGAUUUCUCGCGGGCGAGAAGACUGCACUGGUCGCUCACAAUGCGGCCUUUGACUUGAGGAUGCUGCUGCAAGACUUGAAGCGAUGCGGCAUGGAAGCGGCUGGCAAGGGGCUGGGCAAGCGGACCUUCUGCAGCGCAGCAGCGUUUGGGGCCAUAAGGCCCGCCAGCCCUCGAGAUUUGACCACAGCCUGCCUUCGCCUCGCUACCUGCUGGACAUUCGCGAGGGUAGCCCUGACAGUGCUUGGAGGAAUACCGUUCACUCCGCGCUGGUCGAUGCGGCGCUCACCGCCAAGGUUGUCCUAGCGAUGGCCUCCAUGCUUUCGAGAGAGCAGGGUCAACACGUAGAGUUUGGGCCAGCAUGCGUGUCACUGCCAUGUCGAUUGCCAGUGAAGUCUCCGCCUCCACCGGACGAGGCGGACAGGGGCCGCAAGCGACGCUUACCGGCCUCCUUUGCCGCGCCUGACUGAACUCUGCGGGCG